ACUUUAAAGAUUCUAGCUACCUAAUUAUGUCCAAAGAUUCAACCCUCUUUAAUUUUUAUUUAAGAGAUUAACCCAUUCUACGCAAAAUAAAAAAUAAAAAGUAAACACAAAAGAAAAAAUACACACCCCAUGGCCUAUAAAAUCUCUUGCACGGAUCAGCUAUUCAACAAACAACACUUGCUCACAUGUUAAAGCCAUAGGAAAAAAUUGAACGGAAAAUGGCUUCAAAGGAUGUGGUUGCACCCAUUGCCCUUCUUCUUUCCCUCUCUCUCCUUUUCUUUCCCAUGGUUAGCUCAAAUGCUCAUUCCCUCUCGAUAACAUGGCCACCAAGUCGCAUUCCUCCACUUUCCAUCACACCAAUUCACGUCCCACCAUUUUCACUACAUCCUAAGACACCACCACCACCUCCUACCACACCACCACCACCUCCUCCUAUCACACCACCACCACCACUUCCUGACUCACCAUUAUUAUCUCCGUUCUUAUCACCAUUAUUACCUCCUAUCACACCACCAUUGUUACCACCCACAAUAUUGCCUCCAUUAUCACCACCGGAGUCAUCACCAUUAUCAUCUCCUGACUUAUCACCAUCUUUAGCUCCUAUCUCACCACCAUUAUUGUCACCCUCAACAUUACCUCCAUUAUUACCUCCUAUCUCUCCACCACUUUUUCCACCCUUAGAGUCACCUCCUGAAUUACCACCAUUGUUACCUCCUAUCACACAACCGUUGUUACCACCCACAAUAUUGCCUCCAUUGUCACCACUAGAGUCACCACCAUUAUCACCUCCAGACUUAUCACCAUCUUUAGCUCCUAUCUCACCACUAUUGUCACCCUCAACAUUACCUCCAUUGUUACCUCCUAUCUCUCCACCACUUUUUCCACCCUUAGGGUCACCUCCUGAAUUACCACCAUUGUUACCUCCUAUAACACCACCGUUGUUACCACCCACAAUAUUGCCUCCAUUAUCACCUCUAGAGUCACCACCAUUGUUGCCUCCUGACUCACCACCAGUAAUUCCGCCUUCAACAUUACCUCCAUUACCACCUCCUAUUUCUCCACCAUUUUUGUCACCCUUAGAGUCACCUCCUGACUUACCACCAUUGUUACCUCCUAUCACACCACCAUUGUCACCUCCUUUCUUGCCACCAUUAUUGCCCCCUCUAGAGUCACCACCAUUAUCACCUCCUGACUCACCACCAUUGUUACCACCUUCAACGUUACCUCCGUUGUCACCUCCAGUCUCAUCACCAUUAUUAUCACCUUUAGAGUCAUCGCCAUUAUCACCUCCCGACUUAUCACCAUCUUUAUCCCCUAACUUACCACCAUUAUUCCCACCUUUAACGUUAGCUCCAUUGUCACCUCCUGACUUAUCACCGGUUUUGCCGCCAACAACAUUAUCUCCAUUGUCACCUCCAAUCUCAUCACCAUUAUUACCACCUAUAGAAUCACCACCAUUAUUACCACCUAUACAGUCACCACCAUUAUUUCCUCCUGACUCACCACCUUCAUUAUCUCCUAUCUCACUACCCAUUUCACCUUCGCCACCACCUCCUUCUCCCCCUGUUACACCACCACCUCCCCCUCCACCUUCACCACCACCUCCUCCUCCACGUGUAACACCGCCUCCUCCUCCUCCACGUUGUGUAGGUUUACAAAUUUGCACCAACCUUUUAAAUUUUCCUCUUCCAAAACCUAGUCCAAACAGUUUUUGUUGUAUCGCUGUCGUUGCCAGUUCUCCUAGGGAUGCCGCUAGGUGCCUGUGUGCCAAUGGCCAGGCCGCAUCUCAACUGAGCCCUUCUAUUUUGACCCCUCGUAUGAAAAGCUUAAUUGGCAGUUGUGGAGUCAAUGCAAACAAUUUGAGUUGCAAUUAAGAACAGAAUAUGCGUCACACUUGAGAUCAUAUUCUGUUGUCUUAUUUUAUGUCUUUUGUUUGCGUUGUGUGUGUUUAAAAAAGUGAAGGACGCCAUCGUUAGUGUCUGCUACUUAUAUAUUCUGGUGGGAAUAAUAUGUCAAUAAAACGUCCAUACAUAAUAACAGAAAUAUGAUAUACAGUUAUAAAUACUUCGUCUUGUAUGGGAUUCCUAUCUUCCUUGCAAUCUUGAACUUAGGUGAUUCCCGUUAUUGAAUUCCUUUUCUAUCUCGUUUCACUUUCUUAAGCAUUUUCUAUAUCAUUGUUUCAAUUAAUGUGGUAAAAAUCCAGAU